AUGACAAUGUUCGCCGCGAGCGUCCCUCAUCUGGCAGGCAGACUCAAUUCUCCGUCGCUCGUGGCUGCCUCCGCUCGUGCCUCUGCAGUUGCCCAGACACGAAACGUGUCUUCUUCGCCUUACGGACGUACUCACGUAUGGAAACAUCGACAACGACAACUUCCCAAACCUUUUGUCCCGCAAUUUCCGCAGCGUGUCAUCAGAGCAGACGGCUCAACCUUUACGCACUAUACCACGUCGCCUCGGUCGGUAAUUCGACUCACACGCGACACGACAAACAACCCACUGUGGAACGCGAGCAAAUGGAUGGCAGAGAGCGAGGAGGAAGACGUGGUCACUGGGCGUUUGGGUAGAUUCAACAGGCGGUUCGACGGCUUGGGAGGACACGGACAGGACGUUGACUGGAUGAGUGAGGCCACUGGCGAGGAGCUGGCGAAGGCGGUAGAAGAGGCAGAGAAAAAGCUGGGCGAAUAG